AUGUCCCAUCAGCCAAGUGAAAUCACACGAGUCAAUCCCACACACGUCAUCAACACAGCCGGAGCAAGGGGUGACCCCAACGUGGAUUGGUGCGAGACUCACAAACAAGAAACGAUCCGAUCCAACAUCAUCGGCGCGGCAAAUCUAGUCGACUGCUGUUUUCUUAAAAAUGUGCACAUUACUCACUUUGGUUCUGGCUGCAUCUACGACUACGAUGAGUGGCAUCCCUGGGGGGGACCGGGAUAUACGGAAGAGGAUGAGCCGAACUUCACGAAGAGCUUCUAUUCCUAUACGAAGGUCGUCUCUGAGAAGAUCAUCAAAGAAUACCCGAACGUGCUCAUCCUUCGUCUCCGCAAUCCAAUUGCCGCAGACCUGCAUCCGAAAAACAUGAUCGUGAAGCUAUCACAGUAUCAACGGAUUGUCAACGUCCCAAAUUCUGGCAGUAUUCUCCCCAGCCUUCUCCCCGGCGCCCUUCUUCUCGCGGAGAAUAAGGAGACCGGCGUCUAUAAUUUUGUGAAUCCGGGAGCAUUCACCCACAACGAGAUCAUGGAGUUACUCAAGAAACACAUCUGGCCAUCUCUGUCUUGGUCUAACUUUUCUGAGCAAGAGCAGAGAAAGGCCCUUCAGGCGCCACGAUGCAAUCUCGAGUUUGAUGUUACUAAGCUGAAGCAGAAACUAAAGCAGUAUGGGUAUGAACUUCCUAGCACGAUUGAGGCAAUGGAGGAUGCGUUUGAGAGGAUCGGACAACUCCAGUCGAGGAAGUGA